AUGGCAAACGUCGCUACGCAGACAAGGUCCAGAUCACAAUUGAUUCAGCAACGAAGAUCCAGCCGCCAGGCUUCCUCCCGCGAUAGACACGGGAGGAUCUUUGAAGAGACAGAACAGACCACUAUUCGCGCGGUGACCCCGGAGUAUAUCACGCCUCGCGCCGACUCUUUCGAUGCCAGCCACAUCCACUCCCCGGUACUACAGCCAACACGCACACGGCAUUCACAAAGGAGGCGGGAAACUUCUGCAUCAGCCUCCAACACUGAAGAAGACAGCACCAUUGAGAGGAGAAGAAAGAGGGCACAGACAAGAACAAGCACAAACGAAGAAACCCCGGUAGAUAUUUCACCGGGAUCCUUCAUUUCCAAAACUCGCAAGCGGCUCGGGUCCAUAGCCACAGGGCUACCGAUCCUCCCUCCUGAUGAGACUCACGGAUCGAUUGGGUUUCCUUCAGUGGUACAGAGUCCCGAACUCUUGGACCAAUACGGUCCGCCCAAAACUCCUCGCCGGCCAUUUUCUCCGGAUGACUCGUUCGCCGCGAGCGCAAACAGUCUUCGGUCUCCUAAACUACUCGACAUUGACUCCGGCAAAAUUCUCCAUCUCAUGAAAACUACCUGUGGUCGAAUGCAUGGCAUCCUUUUCUUUAGGCCCUUGCAUACAACGGCGUGGGCCUCCGGCUAUUGUGCUAUCAACGUUGCGCCUGGCAGUCUGGUAUGCCAGACCAAAGGCGAAGUCCACUCAUCUAAAAUAUUAAUACCAGAUUUGCGAGGUUGUACCGUCAGGACCCACUACGACCAUGAGUCUCAGAGCACCUAUCUGAGUGUUCUAAUUGCUUCCUCAGGAACAGGCUAUCAGCUUCGACCUCCAGUGCCUGAGACUUUCGACUCGUGGCUCGCAGCAUUGCUUUGUUGGCAACCGUUGAGGCCGAAAGGAAUACACAACAAGAUGACCAAGCCUCAACCAGUUGGAAUCGCCGAGAAAAAGACAGUGUCACAGAGGCGUCUUUCCGACUUCACUAAUCCGAAAGCUACAGCUAUCGUCAAAGUGGGAAAGAUGCUGCUCUGGGACGGACCAUUGCCGUCAGGGUCUCAGCUCGAAUCUUCGCCGAGCAGCAUCGGCCGGUCGAUGACAGAAGAAAACUACCUCUGGCGCAGAGUGAGUUGCACUCUCCACGAAAAUGGUACUUUUCGCCUCCUCAGCGAGGUCGAUAGUCGGGCGGUUUCCGUAACACCGCUCUCGCAGCUUUCUCGCUGUGCAGUUCAGAGACUGGACGAAAGCGUGCUGCGGAUGCCGCAUUGUAUCGCAAUAUAUCCUCAAUAUCGUGUCCAAACCUCUGUUGCAGGCCUUUUGAGACCGAUGGUUCUAUGCCUAGAGUCCAACGUGGCACUGGAAGCCUGGUUUGUCUUACUCCGAGCCCUGACAGUACCAGAGCUAUACGGCCCAGAACAAUUAUCUCCUGAAGAUGCACAGGCGUUAUCGCAACCAUCGCAACACGGGAACAAUGUCUCUACACAGGGCAUGUUUCGCAUAGAGCGGUCGCUCUCAAUCAAAUUAACUGAGGCAAAAUUCGCCCAGCGGUCCGCUCCACCAGAAAAUUACGAAUACAACAAGGUCAAAGGAAAAUCGGCAAAAGUUGAGCAAACGAAGGAAGGUGUAUACGCGGAAAUUAUGCUCGGCAAGGACUUACGGGCCCGAACAACGACAAAGCAGACGGUCUCUUCGGCUUUCUGGGCAGAGGAGUUCAAUUUGCCAGACAUUCCCGCGGCUUUGUCCAAGGUCACCAUUGCGGUCAAGCUUGGAAAUCCUGCGGAGAAAGAAUGGACUAUGGUCGCCGAUAGCCUCUACGAUAUUUCGGCAGACGCUGGAUACCUUUCGGGGCUUGGCGGCCUAGAGAUUUCGUCUCACGACCCGAUUUUUGGGAGAGUGGAUAUUUCAAUUGAUGAACUAGAGCAUAGUGGCACGAUUGACAAGUGGUGGCCUUUACUGGACAAUAACGAUCAUUCUGUUGGCACGCUCCUGGCACGAUUGUCGCUGGAAGAGACGGUGAUACUGAUGGAGGACGAGUACGAAGAAUUCGCCUCUCUCCUACAAAACUAUUCGAAUGGCUUGACAACGCAAAUUGCUCAUCUCCUUGGGCCCGACCUUCGACAACUGUCUGAUAUCCUUCUAGACAUUUUCCAGGCAUCGGGCAACGCCACUGACUGGAUCAGCAAUCUCAUAGAGGAAGAAAUUGACGGCAUCUACAAGGACACUCCCCCAAUGCGCAUGAGGUUCAGUGGCCGUAUCCACUCCAACGACUCCUACGAAUCUGCCGAACAGAGAGAAAUGCUGGUCCGCGACCUCAGUCGAUCGGCUACGAUGGAGGCCAAUUUACUUUUUCGAGGUAAUUCACUUGUAACAAAGGCACUCGAUGCCCACAUGCGCCGACUCGGCAAAGACUACAUGGAGGAAGUCCUAGGCGAAAAAUUGCGCAAGAUUAUCGAAAGAGAUCCUGACUGCGAAGUCGAUCCGAGCAGAGUUCGGUCCCAGGAGCAACUCGACAAGAACUGGGCGAACUUGGUGUUUCUCACCAGCGAAAUCUGGAAAUCUAUCUAUGUCUCCGCGGCGCGGUGUCCAAUGGACCUGCGUGUCAUUUUCCGCCAUGUCCGGUCUUGCGCAGAAGAUCGAUAUGGUUCUUUUAUUCGGACAGUCAAGUACACGAGCGUUUCCGGUUUCCUUUUCCUUCGUUUCUUCUGUCCUGCAAUCUUGAAUCCGAAACUCUUCGGCCUGAUUCAGGACCACCCUCCAGACCGCACGAAGCGGACCUUUACAUUAAUCGCAAAAUCCCUUAAUGUUCUUGCAAACCUGGCACGGUUUGGAACCAAAGAGCCUUGGAUGGAGCCCAUGAAUAAGUUUUUGGCGGCCUCGACGAAUCAAUUCCGAGCUUUCAUUGACGAGAUUUGUGCUGUCAGCUCUUCUCAGAUAGCUUCGGCUAAGCUUGAGCCUCAAUAUGCCGCACCAAAUCAGAUACGAGGUCGACUUCCAGCUCUAUCCCGAGAGGGCCUGCCGAGCCUUCCAUUCCUUCUGGAUCAUGCCAAGUUGAUGGCACAGCUCAUUGACCUAUGGGUUACACAUGCUCCGGAAAACAUCAGCGAUGCAACCGAGGAUGAGGCUGUACAAGCGUUUCACGCGGUUUGUGUGAGUCUCUCGCGGAAGAGCAAGGAAUGCCUCAAGGCCGCAGAGCAAGCUGAACGGCCUGACGAAAGGUCGGAACAUACCUGGCAACGGCUCGUCACCGACCAGCAAAAGGCUAUGUCGCCCAGCAGCGCCUUCGAAGAGUCCUUAGUCAGGUCACACCGAGACACUGACAUCACAGCUCUUCCGCAAACGACAGACACGGUGACAGAUGUGGACUAUAAGAACGCCGAGCUCUCUCCAAUUGUUGGAGAAGGAGACACUACGCCGUCAAGCUCGGCUUCCGCGUGGGAAAAACGUAUACCCUACCCACACCGGGCAGCAGAGACCCGGACUAUGACAGACUCGACAAAUUCGUCGACCGACGCGGUUGACGUGGUUGAAGAUGCUCGGAGGCCGCUGUCAAGUAGCCGUGAUGGUCCGGCAAAAAGCCGGCUGUUUGAAUUGAUGAGUUCUUCGUCGCGUCGAAGAGGAAAAGCUGGAGAUCGCAACUAUGUGGACGACGACGGCCAUGAAGUUUGA